GCUUUAGUUUCACAAAAGUGAUCAUCCUUUAUUCCUUGGCAACAGACAAGCAGAAGCCUCUAAAAAACUAAUCUCCAAACAAAAGAUUCAACCCUUCCCUACACUAGCAAUUCUUAGCCUUUGGAUCAAGAAUCUCAUUCCAUCAUAUGGGGUCCCACACGGAGUAUGGGCCCGAUUAUGUGUGGAAGAACCUCUGCGGAUAAUGCAAAGAGUGCACGUAGGCUUUGCGUGUUGUGUUUUGGAGUAAGAAAGAGUGCUAUAAAGAGGAGCAGGGAUGCUCCCUAGGUUGAUAUGAUUCCCUAUAAUGGGGACAUGGGGUAGGGGAAGCAGCUUUCCAUCCAAAACUUAUGGUUUGUGUCAUGGAAGAAGACUCAAAAGACUUAUCAAAUACUCUGGUGGGAUGAUGUUAAUCUGUGUAAGCAGAGAAAUGAGAGGCUCAACCCUAACUCCGAGGAAAACAGAAAAGCAAAGUGAGGAAGGGGACU